CACCUCCAUCCGCGUGAGAGUGACCCGUCCCCCGAGAAAGUGACAAGUCGGCUUUCUUUACGUAUACACUAUCGCCGGGCCGGUGGAUAGCAACCGGGUCACGAUUUCGUGGACAGCAAACCCCACCUGAAAAACACAGCCGAGCAGACCACAAGGUGGCAUUACUCGGACAGCGGUUCUGAGAGGGGCCUGGAGUGAACUCUGGUACGCCACAAACGCAGACACAAAAGCAUUGACGAGCCCUCUCGUAGCCUGCGUCCUCCCACCAGGGCUCCGAGGAGGCAGGGCAGCUUGACAAAUACCAUCAAUGCUCGUUUUCGACUUUUGAGGAAAAAGGGCCAAUGCACCAAGAACAAGUGUCGACCUGACCACCAAGACAAUAUCGAGGGUUAUGCAACCACCCACUCGGAGCGAUUCGCACUAGGCCGUGGCCGUCGCUACAUGCUCCCGUUUGGGGGCCGGACGCGACGAUGGAUGGAGGCAUGGGAAUGAUGACGACCCCCGAGAUGAUCGAGGCAUAUCGGCAAGCCAACAAGUCGAAGGGCACCAAGGCGACAAAGAAGGAGCCGCCGACGGUCGAGAUCAGCGAAACAAAGGCGUCCGCAAUGGCGUCGUCUAGGCCCUCUCGAACGAGUUCCGUCAAGCACAGCAAGACUGUGGAGAAUCUCCAGCGAACGCCAUCAUCAACUGGGCGGCCAUCAUCCGCAGCAAAUGGGAGAGUGCAGACAGGCGGCGCCCGUCCGUCAAUGCAAGUGGCCAAGCAGCAGCACAAGCUGCAGACAAUACCUGGAGCACCGGUGGGAAAAGGGGCGGCGGUGGAGCGGGCCAGGUCCGAGACAGGGGCGGCGGCCGUACCAGCAGCGGACAGCGCCAACAGUCCGCCUGUUGCCCACUCUGGUCUCGAGCAGCAUCGCCAGCCCCAUCCCCAUCCACAUCAUCAUCAUCAAUAUCAUCACCCUCGACCUGCCCAUCACCAACAACGGAGCUCGGCCUCGCGCAAGAGGUCUACAGACCAGACCACCACUGCCUCCAGCCCCCGGGCGGACGGCGUGCCCUCUUCCUCUGCACCAGCAGCUGCGCCGCUACACAAGGCGGCCACUUCUCUUUCCUCGCCGCCCAGGACCCCGCCCUUUCUGGCCGCCUCGCCACGAUCUCGCCCGCCCCCCUCUCCAUUCUCGCUUUCGCCAAUUGGUGCUGCUGCGACUGCUGCGCAGCGGAAUCGCCCAACUCCAGUGACCAGUCCGACUACCGCUCCGCUGGAUCGAGCAGGCCGUCUGGCGCGUACUGCCCCUGACGGUUCCAUCCCCGACACCAACAAGGCCCUUCCCCGCCUUCAUACCCGAGACGACGACGGCGACGACAAGCACGCACCCGAGCACGCCGGCCUCCGCAGUCGGCCUAGGGCGUCUUCUGCCGCAUCUGCCUCUCCAGUGUACACCAGACAAAGCCCGCUGCGGACGAAGCAACUUCCACAGCUACCAGGGAAGCAGGCGGCCGCUCACGAUGCCAGUGAGCGCAAAGCUGCACUAAGGAGAGGAUCCAUUGACGACAUUGUCCCCGAGCUUGGGCAGGCCAGGUACACUGGCAAGCCGCUGGGCAAUUCCAGCCAUCAUCAAUCCCAUUCCAAAAAUCCAUCUGUCCAUGUCGAUGGCGCAUCCAUGCCGACGCCUACAAACGCGCAUUUGAUGCUUGCGCCCUUGCGCUCGACCACCACGGGGUCCAUGGCUUCCAUGGCCUCAGGUGAUACGCUGGUGCCGUCCGCGAGCGGCAGCAGUGUGUCCGUGUCGACGACAUCCACGGCAACGCGCAACACUCGCCAGCUCGGCCCCAAGCCGCUGAUUGUGCGCAAUAACCGUACCUACAUAAAUGAUCCCAGCCUUCCAUAUCCCUUGCCCGUCGACCUCCAAGAGUUACACAGGCAAUCCCUGCGCACGUUACUAUUAUUUCAGCUGCUUGGGGGUCCGAUCACAUCUCCCGUGUUUGCAAAGAAGCCUCCACUGCGGGUGCUGGAAGUAGGAUGUGGGUCCGGCUUCUGGAGCAUGAUGUGUCAUCGGUACUUUGAUCAGAAAGGCUACAAGGUCUCGUUCACUGGCAUGGAUGUCAUCCCGCUGUGCGGGUCUGGCCUGGAUCCCAAUUCGAAGCCUGACAACGACAUGCAGUGGAAGUUUGUACAGCACGACGUCCGCAACACACCUUGGCCCUUUGCAGACGGCGAGUUCGAUCUCGUCAUGGCCAAGGACAUGUGCCUCAUUGCUGGACCGGCGGAUUCGCCAGAGAUUUGGGAUGAGAACAUACGGGUGACUGCUCCUGGGGGCGUGCUUGAGUUGUGGGAAACAGACCAUACCAUCCGCAUGCUGCGACCGCAUGCGCCGGUUGCCAAGGGACGACCAGCAUCUGCGGGCGAAGAAAAUGGCAAUGAUGAGGAAGAUGAAGUGGGCAAGCUGGGAGUGUACACAGUCACCGGCAAUACCCCACUCAGCCCUCCUACCAACACAUUUUUAUCCGACUACAACGGCUGGAUCACCAAAGCGCUCGACAAGCGCGGGCUGUCUGCCGUUCCCAACACACAAAUAACGCCAUGGCUACUGCAGGAGGCUGAGUCGCUUACCGACAUCAGCUCGAUCCGGCUGGCUGUACCACUGAGUGAGAUCCGCUGGGAGCGCGAGGGUGUCGGCGGUGUCGUCACAAAGGGGGAUGGCAAGAGUUAUAUCGACUCUUCCAAGGGGAAGUACCGGGCAGGGGACGCAAAAGGUGGGGCCAAGACCUUGACGGAACUACAGGUUGCGCUGAGGCGGACGGCGCUCGAGACCGUGGUGGGCCUGAUACACUCGUUUGAGCCGAUCCUGCGCGAGACAAGCGGGAAGAGCCAGGACGAGUGGGACAACUGGGUGGGCAAGAUGAUGAACGACCUUAUGCGUGAAGGAGGUACCAGUUGGGGCGAGUGUCUCGAGGUUGGCGCCUGGAGUGCCAAGAAGCGGGCAUGAGGGCGAGUUUUCGAAAGCGCUGGAGGUGUGGAUUGGAAAGGCCACGACGACUUUGCUUCUUGUAGGAAAAAUAAAAACAUGGCACGGUUCAGAGAGAUAGGAAAAGAUACC